AUGGCAGCCACAACCACCAUCGAGGUGCCCCAUCUGGGCGGCAUCAGGGCCGGAUACGCCCUCUCGGGCGGGCAGUACGACCCGGCCAAGCCGACCUGCGUGCUCAUCAACUCCAUGUGCACGACCGUGUCGCUGUACAAGACGCAGUUCGCCGACAAGACACUGACCGACGCGGUCAACCUGCUGGCCAUCGAGCCGCUCGGCCACGGCGCCACCAGCUGCCAUCCCGCCGAGCACUUCACCUACUGGGACUCGGCGGCCAUGGCGCUGCAGGUCAUGGACAAGCUGGGCAUCGACCGGGCCUUCGCGCUGGGCACCAGCCAGGGCGGCUGGAUCGUGGCGCGCAUGGCGCUGCUCGCGCCGCAGAGGAUACGCGGCCUGCUGCUGCUGGGCACGUCGAUGGACUACGAGUCGGCAGAGUCGCGGGCCAAGCACGGGUGCUGGGAUCCCAAGACGCUGCUGGCGCCCUUCUACGACAAGUGGUGCAGCACGACGGGCCCCACGCCCGACUUUGUCGUCGACGACGUGUGGUGCGGCAUGGUCGCCACGCUCGGGUUCGGGUCCAAGGGCACGCCCGAGCUGGUGCAGUUCUGGACCGACACGCUCAGGGACGUGUACCGGGGGGACGAGGGCCGGAGGAAGCUUAAGAUGGCGCUGGCCUGCCUGCUGGACCGGGACGGCCUCGUGCGCAGGGUGCGGGAUAUCACUUGUCCCGUGUACUGGCUCCAGGGAACCGAAGAUGCGCCGUUUGGCACGUCGCUGCCCGCCGAGCACAUCAAGCUCUUCACUUCGGCCAAGGAGGCCACUCUCACGCUGGUCGAGGGAGGCGGCCACUAUCUCAACGCAACCAGCCCGGAGGAGGUCGGGUCUGCCUUGCUGCAGAUGGUCAAUAAGUACAAGUGA